AAAACAAAAAUAAUUACAAAGAUGCCAUUAGAGUUGAUUAGGGUCUUAACUCCUUUUAUGUAUAAAUAUGUUUAGCUCAAUAAACAUAUGGAAUACAUUUAAAUGUUACAAAAUUCAUUGGUGGAGAAAAAUGACAAGAAUUUUUUUCAAAAUUUGAAUCUAAUAUAAGAUAAUAAUAGAAUACCACUUACCACGAUUUCGUACCAAACGUAACGGUACCAAAUAACGGUAUACCAUAUAUAUGAAAAUUCAACUACCAUAAUUUACUAAGCUUGGUAUAAUAUAAUGAUCAUAAACUUCGAUAUUCCUACCAAUGCCAACCCUAUAUUUGAACAAUAGACUACAUAUUACAGGCAACCUUUACAAAAAAAAAAAAAAAAAAAAAAAAAAAAAAUUGAUUUGAUUUAAUUUUUUAUAAUGUCAGCCAUUUCUUUGUUUGACCUCUUGUAAUAAUAUUGCUUUAUGUGUACAUGUGCAUAUUGUGGUGAGUUAUUGAUCUUUUCACUAAACAUAAACCUUGAAAUCCGGUUAAGAAAAUAAAAGAAUUUAAUGUCCUUUUUUUCAACUCACGUAUUAUUACAGUAGAACAUCGAUAAAUUAAUAAUCUCGCUUAAAUAAUAAUUUAUCAUGGUCUCGACUCAAUGAAAAACGUAUUAAAUUAUUCGUUCGAUAAUCUAAUAUUUCGCUAAAGUAAUAGAGUUUUGCUGGUCCUGACUGCACGACUGUAUUAAUUUAUUUAAGUAAUAACGUAAUUAAUACAAAACAUGCCUUGCCCCUCCUCUCUUAUCUCUAUAUAUAUAUUACAAUUCAUGAGUUUGGCCUUGGAAAAUAAAAUGGAUGCAGCAUUUAGUUUGAUACUAACUUCUAUUCUUGUAGCUGCAUCGGUAACAUGGGCAGUGAAAUUACUAAAUUGGGUUUGGUUUAGGCCGCGAAAGCUCGAGAAAUUUCUAAGGGAGCAAGGUCUGAAUGGGAAACCCUACAGACCGUUUCUCGGAGACCUCAAGGAUUACGUGACGGCUGUUAAAUCAGAACAAAGACGAACAAUCAAACUUUCCGAUGAUAUUAUACCGCACAUAUUCACGUAUUACCAUGAGAUCAUCAACAAGUACGGUGAAAAUUCGUUCGUGUGGUUCGGUCCUUGGCCGAGGCUGAAUAUUACGGAUCCGGAGCUAAUAAAGGAGAUAUUAAGGAAACCGGAUAUUUUUCAGAAGCCCGUUCCGAAAACGGGCAAGAUUUUAACGGGCGGGCUUUUGCUACACGAGGGCGAAAAAUGGGCUAACCAUAGAAAGAUUAUCAAUCCUGCUUUCAAUGUAGAUAAGCUCAAGAAUAUGGUUCCAGCAAUUGGUCAAAGUUGUUCAAAAAUGGUAGAAAAAUUAAAAGCAAUAAUAAAUGAUGAGGGGUGGUGCGAAAUCGAUAUGUGGCCAUGGCUGGAAGAUUUAACGGGCGACAUGAUUUCACGUACGGCAUUCGGAAGCAGCCACGAACAAGGGACGGAGAUAUUUCAUCUCCAAGCCGAACGACUUAAGCUCACCGUGCAAAUAAUGCAGUUCUUAUUUAUCCCCGGUUGGAGGUAAUCAUAAAACAAAUUAAAAGUUAGUCUAGUUUUAUACUAUUUUCAAAUUGAUCAUUUCCUUAUACAUUAAUACCGUCGGGACUGGGAUUUUUUAUUUAUUAAAUUAGCGAAAUAUUAAAUUG